AUGGAAGAAAUCUAUGAAAAUUUAAAAAUAAUUGAUUAUAGUUUAAUAUGUUUUUUAAAUAAAUAUAGAAUUAUACAUAAAUAUAUAAAAUAUUUGUCAGAUAUUUUUGUAAAUACAAUUUAUGAAUAUAACAGAUUAAUAAAUAAAAUUAUACUUAUAUAUAAACAAAAUAUUUAUAAUGCCUUUCAUAAUAAUUUCAUUAACUUCAAAGAAAAUGAGGAAAAACAGAAAGAACAAGAUAAAAAUAUAAUUAAAAUAAAAGAAAAUCUAAAAAAAGCUUCAAAACUUACUAAAACUAAUAUAAUAUUUAAAGGAGAUAUAGAAGAAGAUGGAAAAAACACAUCAGAAAUGAGCACGCAUUUGAAAGUUGAUUUACCUUAUAACAUAUUGGCUUUAUAUAAAUUUAGAUAUUAUAGAAAUAUAUUCUUUAAGAAUUAUUCCACAUUAAAAAAGAAUGAUAAUUAUUUAAAUGCAAAUGAACAAAGACAGAAAUUUUUAAAUAAAUUGAAAUUAUCAGCCAAAGUAAAUGAUAAAGAAAAAGGGAAAAAGAAAAGUGAUAUCUUUAAAGAUGAUUAUAAAAAUAUGAUAAGAAUAUUAAACGAAAAUUAUUUUUUUAAAGAAUCACAAAAGUUAAAAGAAAUAUUGAUUAUAAAUAAAUAUUUAAAUAAGGCUAAAAAUAUAGUAAAUAAUAUGCCUCAGUUUUUAUAUAAUAUAAUUGAAGAAUUUGAAUUAACUGAAUCAGAAUUUCAAGAAAAUAUGUAUUUAUUUAUUCUUCUUGCUUUAAAUAAAUGGAUCAAAAAGAUAAUAUUCGAAUGUGAACAUUUUAUCUCAUACUCCAAGUUAGAAGUGUAUAAAAAGAAAACAGAAGAAAACGAAAUAUAUAAAAAGUAUAAUGAAUAUUUAAACGAAAUUUUACUAAGAGGAGUAGAACAAACAAUAGUAUUUAAUGAAGAGAAAUCUUUUUUUCUUCUUCCUUCAAAUCUAAAUUAUAACAUUAAUACUUCCUUUUUAACUUAUUAUUUUUUCUAUAUAAAUAAAAACCUAUUUGAUUUUUUAGAAGGGUUUUACAACAAUUCAAUUAAAAAAACAGGGGGAAUAAAUAAUAAUGAGAAAUUGAAAAUGAUUUUAUUAUAUAAUCGAAAAGAAGAAAGUAUAUAUAUGAAAAAUGAUAUAUAUAAUUAUAAUUUACGUAAUGAAUAUAACGAAAUAGACAACUGGAAUAAUUUGGGUUUUUUUAUUGAAUAUGACUAUAUGUAUCCUAACAUUUUUUUAAUUUGUAAUUAUUUAUUACAAGACGAAACAAAAAAUAUAAUAGACAUAAUACAUAAAGUACAAGGAAAUAGUUAUAAUUUAUUGGUAUAUCAAGACAUUUCUAUAAUUAUUCAAAUAAUUUUAUUUCUUUUCAAAAAUUUAAAAAUCGUGUUUAAAAAAGAAAUAAAGGAAAAAGAUGAAAAAGAAGAAAAUGAAGAAAAAGAAGAUGAAGAGUAUGAAGACUUGCGUAAAUAUAUUUCGAAAACUAAUUUAAAUCAUAGUUAUUCAAAUAACUAUGAUAAGCUUUUACUUCCUUUAAGGUUAAUGAUAUUAAAUUUAUUAAAAUUUAUACAUAUUAUAACAAAAAGUUCUAAUAGAAGUUUUAUUUGUAACUUUUGGCAAAAAUUGAGCAUAAAUGAAAAUAUAGGAGAGAUAGACAACAUGUAUAGAAAAGAAAAACAAGAAAUAAAAGAGAAUAUAAAAGAAAAAGAUGAAGAAAAUAUUAAUAAUAAAGAUAUCACUUCCUAUGACUUUAUUUCAUUAAAAAAUCACUGUAACCAAAAUAAUUGUUAUCUUUUUAAUACAAAAAAAAAAAUAAAAGGAGAAUUCACUGCUUGCAGUUAUAGAAUAGAUAUUAAUGAAGCAAUAUAUAAAAGAAUAUUAUGUUACGAUUUUUAUAAAAUAGUUAGUGAUCAUGUAAAAAAAGUCAAAUUUGAAAUUGAAAAUAGAAACAAUAGAGAUAUGUAUACUGGUAUAUUAUUAAAAAAAAAUAAAUAUAAAAUAGAAAAUGAUCAGAAAAUUAAAAAUAAUUCAUUCAUAAAAGGGAAAAGUAUGGUAAUGAAAAAGAAAAUUCCUCAAAAAUUGGAAGCAAAAUAUUUAAUAAAUGAAAAAAAUUCUAGUAUUAAAAAAAUUAUGUCAAAGAUUGAUAACAAAGACAACGUAUCAAAAGAUAGGCAAAAAAUUACCUCAAAUUCAGAAAAAAAUAUGAAUACAAUAAUUUUAAAAAACAAAAAAGAUACAAAGGAAAUUAUUAGAAAUACAAAAUAUACUAAGGUGGAUUUAGAAGAAAAAAACAAAACUUAUGAAAAUAGAAAAAAUAUUAUUAAAAAUUCAGUUAAACCUACCUCAUUAUCUAUUAACGGUAAAAAUCCUACUACUACAUCAUUAAAAAAAGGUAUAAAAAAAGUUUUUAAAGUCAUAAAACAAGAAGAAAAAUUAUAA